AUGAAGAAACUUAUCCGAAAGCAUGGCAAAAUGCUCCAAAGAAUUGCGAAUGACACUCAACGUAUGCGGGAAGCCCAUUCGAUAGAAGCGGCGGACUCCAUACUGGGUACCGAUGACUCGAGCAGUAUCUUCAGCAAGCUCCCGAUCCGUACUAACAUUAGUGGCCAUCAUUCUGGAAGUCUCUUCGAAUCCGAUCUUCCAAAAUCCGGCGUGUAUUCGAAGGCAUUGAACAACACUAUGAAACAGACAGCAGAUAUCGAACCUGACGAGGCGAACACUGUCGCUGACGAUAGCAUGAUUAUAUACAACAAUGAUUCGGAUCGUACUAUAGACUCGCCAAUUACUAAGGAGGAUUCAGCUUCUGCCCUAAAAGCUAAGACUCCUAGGUUUGCUCCUUGGAGUGCUUCGUUCACAAGCGCGAUCAGCUAUCUCCAUAUUGGAACAAUCGCAGCUUGGAGCUUGGAAGACUACACUGCUCAAAGCCCCGAAGAGCUGAGCCUCAAACGUAAGGACUCUAUCGUAUUACGGAAAUUGGAUGAGUGGCGAUACCUGGGUGAUAUUUAUGAAAAUGACAUCCAGAGAACUGGCAUUGUUGAUCGUAGAAGACUCGAAAUGUGGUACCGCUUGAACGUACCCCUACAGAUCAAAGCCAGCAGGAAUUCAGGAUACGAUAUAGCGUUGAAACAUCACUGUUAUUAUCUUAAAGGGGAUGCACUAGAGAUUAAGUCCGUAACUCAUAGUGCAGCUUGGUUGGCAUCACCAAGUUCGCUGCGAUCAGAGAAUUCUGGGCUGACCAAGGCUGAACUGAUCAUGGUCGAUGCCGUCGAACUAGACAACGUCACGGGCAAGCAUAUAGAUGCUCUCCUAGACUUCUCGGCUUGUUCUGAUCUUCGUCUUGUUGGAUUGUCAUCGCAACAACGGGAACAACGCAUAGAAGAGAUUAUGUGGGAAGAGUGUCCGAAAUAUCCCAUGAGCGUUCUAGCAGAUUGCAGGACGUUUAAGGAACUGCAAGUAUGCGCACGUUUGUACAGAGAACUUCGAGACGCCGUUGAAGACAGCAUAUGCAACAUCAAAGGGGCUAGUUAA